AUGUCGGACCCCGAGGAUCUUUAUGUCAAUGAAUUUUUCUCCACCGUCUCUCUUCCAGAUGACCCUUUAUUGCCACCUUUCCUUCCUGACCAUAUUGAAUCUCACUCUGUGCCUUGGCAUCAUGACUUUCCAAAUGAUUAUAUAUCUAGUGGUGCAGUGGAACUCUUUGGUCAUUUUCCAGAACCAGAUAACGAUGUGUUCAUGUCAGAGAGCCAAACUCCGGGACCAACUCAGGAAGACCCUAUAAAUACUGUUGGCGAUCCUUCAAAUAGACUCAUUCUAGAGUCUUCAAACCAGUCUAGCGAAACCUCUACACAUUUCAUAGAUCCUUCUCUCCUAGUACAAAACUGCGAUGAGAAUAUCUCCGAUCUGAUACAAGAUAUUCCUUCCCCUAAUCCUUGUUUAUUCGAUGGAGAAGCUGGUCCAUUAGAUCUUACCGAGCUUAGACAGCCUGAGCGUAUGUCUUGCAGCAUGCUGUUAUCUGCAUCAGAAGACCUUGAGAGUCGGGUUAUAGAAUCUAAAAAUUCUAUGCCCUCUGGUUCGGAUGCACCUAUCUCGAUGACUAUCACCUCCCAGAAGAGGAAGAAUUUUGGGCCUUCUCGAGACUAUGUACUGCCUCCAUUGAAAAAAGGUGGAAGGCGUCGGAAGAUGACUCAAACAGAGCGAGAGAACCACGAGAGAAUGAGGGAACAGGGGGCUUGUAUUACAUGCCGUAAGAAGAAAAAAAAGUGUAAUGGCGAAAUUCCGUGUAGCUUCUGUCUGAAGAAUCUAGGACCAAAGCUCUCAAAGCAGCCUUGUACAAAGGCCACGUUCUCUGACAUAGUUGAGCAAAACCCUUGUUUUGAAUUCUCUAAUAUUUACCAGACUCUUGUUAUUGAAACAUGCGAUAACAUGUCUUUUCUCCAGCAAUUCGUUACAGCCUUUAGCCUCGCAGAAGCCGGAUUUUGGCUAGAGCUGGUUCCCGAUAUUCCACUCUAUGCAGGGGCUAUGACCUCCUGGAAUAUCGCAGUUCUGAUGUUUAUGUCAGUUCCUGCAAUUAGGGAUCUUGCGAUAACUGCUGACUUCAACCUCCUGCCACCACUUGCGCCAUUCAUAAAGAAAGCACCAACUGAACUCAUGAAAACGGAGGAAUUUAAAGGUGGAAGGCCCCCAUGUUUCUUUGAUCCCAGUCUUAAGAAUUUGGAUCAUAGGACGUUGUUUACAAAAAAACUUCUCUUCUGUGCAUGUCGUUCUCGUACUUUCGCACUAUACGAUUCAACAGCCACCCUACACGAUAUGGGUGAUAACGAAGCCGUUCAAAAUGCAGCCCAGCUAGUGGAUUGGUUUGCAACACGCUAUUUUGAAAUUGACAUAUUUUGCUACCUGCAGAAGUCAGUAAAUAAGUUAUAUAAACUUUCAAUUUCGGAUCUCUAUGACGUCAUUACUUCACUUCUUGGGGUAAUUGGGCUACUAUCAGGCUAUUGGGAACAUUCUGCUGAAUUAUCUCCAAAGCAACAGUCUCUUGACCAAGAAACGAUCAGGAAAUGGACAGACCGCCAUCAACGCCUGUAUAUGGCUCUCUUCGUUUAUGCUAACAUCGCGAUUUCAAACCUCCCGUCUUGGUCGAGCUGCUGGGAGGAGCUAGAACGAAAGUUUUUGAUUAAAUUCACGCAACAAGAAUUUCGAGAUAUGUUUACUGACUUUGAAUCUUUCAAAUCGAAGUUGGAAGUAAAAGAAAAACAGAUAUCGGCGCCUUUAGAUCGUCUCUCGCUUCGAUCUAAAAUACUAGAAGAAUUUUAUCCCAACUUCGAAGAAGAAACACCUGAUCAAUUUGAAUUACCGGAAGACUUCUUUGAAUUCCCGAGGAAACUUCAAAGUGGCCUGGUGGACGAAGCAUAUGAGCAAUUUGACCUACUUCAUAUGGAUGGACUAUUAUCAGCGACCAUGUCCGGAAAUUUCGAUGAAGUGCGGGUCUCCAAGUUCUAUAGUCUUGCGAAUAUUGACUGGGAGCUCGCAAUCGAGCGUCUUUCGUUGGGCCAUUUUGACGGUGACAAUGUCAAUGACAUGUUAUUAUUUCAUUUGGCCUGCAUAUUGAGAUCCCGCUUAUAUAUGACUCAGGGAUGCUCUGCCAUCAAAGCAAAUUAUGCUAAAGAUGGCUUUAUUCCACAGACAUUUGUUCAGGAUCUGGAGAAUCUUAUCAAGGAAUUAAUGUCCAAGGAAAAUACAGCAAUGCAUUCUUCUUAUCGAAAGGAACGCAGAGGGGUAUUGUUGUAUAUCCGUGAAGGCCUACGCUGGUUGGAGCUCAAGAGUCUAAUUGGAGGCGAGGAAAUUUAUCUUCUUGAUAACCCAGUUGAAUUUUGCGAGUUUGAGGACAAAUUGCCUCCAUUUGACAUUCCUUUGACAUUGAAAUAUGGCGGUGAUGAAGACUUUGAUCGGCUAAAAAGGCUGCUUGUGUCAUCUCAAUCCUGGGUGCAAGAAACCUGCGCGCAACUUCAAGGAAUGGUCAGCUGGAUAAAGGAGGCCACAUUUGCCUGCAAAUCAGAUAGAGACACUGCGCUCAGUUUAUCAAGGCUAAUCCAGCAAAAGGUUAAGAGUAUCUUUGGAGAUGUUGCCUUGCUUGGCCAGUCGUCUACACGUCGGGCUAUUCACAAAUUGGCACCCUUUUUGGAGGGCAGCCCUGAUGAAGUCGAUAAACUCAUACGAGCUAUGGUCGAACGAAAAGACAACUUGAGUUUCAACGAAGACGAAGAUGAAGGCAAAGAUGAAGACGGAGAUGAGACGGCUUCGUUGAUUAAGAGCGUACAAUCGUUGCUAUUUGGUUAA